AUAUAUACAGUACUGUCGCGCCCCAACUCAUUAUCGCUUGACCUCUCGAACUUGCGUUCAUCUCUUAUAUGACCAACUCUGGUAGUGACAACACAUAUAUCGUGACAAUGUCUCGACCGGUACUAUCCUCUCACGUGUUAGAUAUCUCAACUGGUAGACCGGCUGCAGGAGUAUUCGUGGAAUUAUACAAGAAAAAGGACAACGACUGGACUUUAUGGCAUAACACAGUGACGUCUAGCGAUGGGAGGAUACAGUUUCCUUUUUCGAAAGAUUCUAUGGGUGCAGGAACUUAUAAGCUAAAAUUCAACGUUGAAGAUCAUUACAGCAGAAGCAAUAUAGAAACCCUUUAUCCUUAUGUUGAGAUUGUUUUCAAAACAAAAGAUGACGAACACUACCACAUCCCGUUACUGCUGAGCCCCUAUGGUUACUCCACAUAUAGAGGAAGUUAGAAUUUCCAAAAAAAAAAAACUGUUAAACGUUAAUGAUAAAU